AUGAGGAUCACGGCGGGGGUGGCUGUAGUGGCGGCGGUGGUGGCGGCGGCGCUGGGCGUGGCGGAGGAGGAUCGGCCGUUGGUGACGGUGAGCGGCGGGCUGGUGCGGGGCCUCAACACCACGGAGCACAACAUCACGUACCUCGAGUUCCUGAGCAUCCCCUUCGCCACGCCGCCCACUGGCUCACUCAGAUUCAAGGACCCCCUCCCUGCCGAGCCGUGGGAAGGGGAGCUGGACGCCUCCACUCUGCCGCCAGUUUGCGACCAGUUGACUGUGGUGGGCGAAGAGGACUGUCUCUACCUCAACGUCUACACCCCCGAGGACGCCCUCACCAUCGACUACCUAAUGCCCGUCAUGGUGUACAUUCACGGCGGCGCCUACUUCACCGGCGGCUCCAAACUCUUCCAAGGCUACCAGGAGUUUGUGGCUCGCGGGGUGGUCGUGGUGGUGAUCCAGUACCGCUUGGGCCUGUUCGGGUUCCUGUCAACGGAGGACGCGGAAGCCCCAGGUAACCAAGGCCUCAAGGACCAGACGCUCGCCCUCCAGUGGGUGCAGGACAACAUUGCUGCCUUCGGGGGGGACCCGACGCGGGUCACCUUGUUCGGAGAGAGCGCAGGGGCUGCCUCAGUCAACCUGCAGAUGAUGGUUCCCUCCGCCGCAGGACUGUUCAGCGGCGCCAUCAUGGAGAGUGGCGCGGCGCUGGACCAAUGGGCGUUGGGCAGACAGUUCCUCGAAAAAGCCCAGGAAGUUGCCGAAAGGUUCAACUGUCCCACGCUGCCCACUGAUGACCUCGUGACCUGCCUCCAAGGUAUUCAGGCUCACCUUCUCGACAGCUACUACAAGUCAACCUAUGACUGGAAGCUGCAGCCCUUCUACAUGGGACCGCGUGUGGACGGGGAGUACCUGCCGGACGAGCCCGCCACACUGCUGCAGGAGGGCCGUUAUCACCACGUCCCCACCAUCAUGGGAAUCAACAGGGACGAGAUGGCCAUGGAGACUGUUGAUCUGUUUGCCCGCCCCGCCUACAUCGACGAUCUCCUCGGAAACUUCAGCGUCUGUGGGCCAGCGAGCCUCCACCUGCACCCUGACGAGGACCCCAUCAACACAACCCUUACCGUCUACAAUCACUACCUUGGAGGUCUUGACCUCACCGAGGAGAAUGUCGACAACAUGACUCGGAUGUACUCAGAAGGUCUGUUCAUAGUCCCCCACGACUGGACAGCACAGGUGAUGAGCAGCAGAAACGUGGUGUACACCUACGAGCUGCACCACCGCGGGGAAUACAGUCUCGUUAAUGGAUACCUGCUUACUGGGCUGGACUUGCCACAAGCACUCAAAUAUGUUUCACACACUGAUGAGAUUCAGUACUACAUGUACCCAAGAUAUGGUAACCUGAACACAACCGAGGACCAGAUGCUUGGCCACUACUUUACUUCCAUGUGGACCAACUUUGCUAAAUAUGGGAACCCCACGCCAGACGAUUCCCUGGGCUUCACGUGGGAGAUGACAGAGCCAACAAUGUUGUCACACCUCAAGAUCCUGCCUGAGCCCUUCAUGGAGACUGACCAGCGGGCGGAGGCGCGAGCCUUCUGGGAGUCGCUGCCUCUCAGGAUCAACAGCCUCCUUGACCAUUAAAGGAAUACAUGUUGCUGUCCUCUGAAACAUCAAUUUGGCUCAUCCAAUCUGAAUGAUAAUUAGAUUCGUGUCUCAUUUUCAUAUCUCUUAUAAUAAACCUUUUCAAUAAAUCAAAAGCCUUUCA